AUGGCUAGUCCUCCUACUCCUAUUCAAAGCAGUCCUAAUACGCAAUGCCAACUACCACCAGGAGUCCCAUCACACACUACGCGUCAACAGCCGAAGCAUCACCCUUGUCAAUCUCCAAUUGCUCCUCACGCUCGGAAGUGCGAGCGGAUUUGGGCGCUGAGGGUGGUUAUGGUGUCGAGUGUUUCGUAUGGGGAUUCGGGAGAGGAGGCCAGCAAGGAGGUCGAUGGAGAAGAGGGUGUCGACGGCGGCGGGGAAGAGAGCGAGGGGGAUGAGGAGGACGGUGCUCUCUCGGUGUUACAACAGCGGUAUGGUAAAAUGCAAAAGAAGGGGAAGUACUCUGCCGCUGGGCCCAGAGGGUUCGAAGCUUUUCUAUUUGACGGGGACGACAUCUUACUACAUAGGUAUUGA